ACAGCACCAGAUAUACAUGCUAAGCCCAUAAUUCCAAGCACUCAAGCGGAAAGAGAUUUAUUGAAAGCUAUGACAAAUUUAACAAAUAGAAUAUUAUCGAGCACCGAAACAUUUGAUCAACUCGAUAAGCUUAUGGAAGUACGUAAUGGUUGUAAUGGAGUUAAUGGAAUUUCAGAUGAUGCAUUAGCAGAAGAUGGUGGUGGUACAGAUGAUGCAGAUGCACAACUACAUAAGCAAAGAGUGGAAAAUUUUACUAGGGUGCAUCGUGGUAGCGAUGGUGUUAUUGCUGUUAUGUCGGACGAUCAGAUGGAUGGGAGUGCGGAGGAACCUGUUCCGAAACAAGAUUUGUUACCUGUUAAAAUUGUCGUAGGGUUUAAUACUAC